AUGCGCCAAACAAGACAAACCCUGCACUGGACCACGUGUAGGCGUAAGUACUGGGAUGAGGACUAUGUCGCCAGCCUCGAGAAUCAGGUCAAGACCCUUCUAGCUGCCCUUGACGCCAAGAACGCAGGUAGCUCUACGUCCCCCGGAAAUCUGGUGGAGCCUUCUUACUCCAAAACCGAAUUGGCUUCCACCAGUGUUACUGAUCAUAACCGCUAUAAUGGCAACUACGGCGCAGACCCGGACACCUCGUCUCAGCGCGAAAAGUGCGAAGAGCCCGAUGAUAGAUCUGUCACUGCCAUGGAGGAACUAAGUGUCAUGAUGUGGCGGACGAAUAUCGGCGAUGGCGUCACAAUCAUCAGUGAUGCUGCAGCCGAUGCACAGCACCGAGUCGAUAGCUCAGAGCAAGUUGAUCCCCAGGAUUUUAUACCACCGCCACCAAAAGUUCUGCUAUAUUGCCAAGACUCUGCCCUACUACACGAAUUGACAACAUUGUUUCUGGAAAACAUCAACCAAGAGCAGCAGUUCACAUCUUACAAGUCUACCGAUUUUCUAAAAGGUUACCCAUAUCAAAGUUUUGGAGAAACCUUCCUACACAGUGCACUGUUGGCUACCGGUGCAGCGUUCUCUUCACGAGCCGAUGCAAAAGAGAUUGGCGACGCAUUUGCUCAUUUCGCAGAGAGUCUAAUAUUCCCUUGCUUUCGUCAGAGCCCCAAUGUGAAAGUUGUCCAAGGGCUUUCUAUCAUGGCCUGGAGAUCUCUGGCGCUUGGGAGAGAUCAUUUUGGGUGGAUCUUUAUAUCGAUGGCGGCCGGGUUAUGCGUCCAUUUGCGCCUUCAUGUACUUGCACUCGAAGAAUGCGAGGCAAGAUCAUGGCAGCCUCAAAUGGAGGAUAUACGAACCUUUUGGAUGUUUUACCUUAUCGAUCGGACGGCGAUCUCGGUUUUAGGGAGGAAUUGUGUGCUGCCUUGGCGUCGUGUAAACGUGCCGGACUUCGACGUUUCGUUCGAUUCGAAAACGGCGGAUAUUGCGCAGAUAUCCUUCAUGUGGCAAUGCAAACUUUGGUAUCUACAUGAUGAACAAAUGGACCAGAUAUUCACUUCGAAAUUCGAAGCAAUGCCUGCUGAACAACAAGCCUACCUGCUCGUUGCCACUCACGAAGCACUGAGUAACUUUUUCAAAUCUCGCGACCGGCGUCUUGACCUUCGAGGCCAAGAGACAAGCAGGCAUGUUUUGUUCUUCCACAUGUCAUAUCAGAUGGCUUCUUUGGUGACUCUGCCUCCGUUCCUAAGAUGUUUCGCCAUGUCGAAGGUGGACUCGAAAGGAGAGAGCACUGCCAAUCCUAACUACAUCAUUUUGAUUUUAAGAUCACUUACCAGUGCCGCAUCUAUGAUGAUACGACUUGUACGGAUGUACCGCGAUGCCCACUCCGAGCAAUGGAAGACUGCCAACCCAGUGAUCAUACAUCAUCUACUGAGCGCCGCAAUAGUUCUGUUGAUGAACGCUACCAGCCAGACAACAUCGUUGAGAUCACAGAGCACCCGAUGGCUGAAAACAUGCAUGGAGCUUCUGGUUCACCUCAGUCAGCCAUGGCCUAAUCGAGCAAACAAAACUAUAAAAGUCAUUCGAGUGCUUGCUGAUCGAUGGGGUGUACUUGGAGCCUUGCCACACCAGUUCAGUUACCCAGUCGAACUCGCGGCAUCGCCGAGCUCAAAAUACUUCGCUCGAGCAUCCUUUCCGACUACAAACACGUCGCAUAUCCCAGCAGGAACUACCAACCACUUUCAGCCCAAUCCAUAUUCACUUCCCACUUUUAGCGGUACCGAUAUAAAUUCUAUGAGCACAAUGACCUACUCGAGUUUUGAUUUCACUGUGCCGACGACCCUCAAUUUUGGACUGGAGACUCAGCAACAAUUUGACGAUAUCUUUGCCGACGGUGGUAGCAACUGGGUGUUUAGCGGCGAACAAGAUCUUAACAAUUCGCUAUGGGGCAACUGA